UGAGCGUUCCAGAACCGGACGGUCCUGCUCCGGCGGCUCCGGCGCGCUGAUUGGCUGCGCCUCCGACAAGAGGGGGAGCAGAAUGGAACGUCGGGGAGUCGCGACGUUCCAAAUAUAAUUCGGAUUUCCCCCGUCUGCAAUUGACAUAUUGGGGGCGCAGCUGAUGCCCAAGAGGGGCGAUGGGGAGAGGCGGCCGGGCUCGCUAAAAUCUUCUCCAAGUGGAUCUCCCCGGAUUUCUGAGAUCCCUCGGAAAGAGUCAGGCGGUUCCAAGGCGUGGAUCGAAGCCACCGGUCAGCUAGCUGGAAGACGAGUCAGGAAAGUUGCAGGAAGGGAGGUGAUCUUUCAAGAUGGUUGACCACCUGGUGAACACAGAGAUUAACAGCCAACGUAUUGCUGCUGUAGAGCACUGCUUUGGGGCCUCAGGUCAGCCCUUGGCCCUGCCCGGAAGGGUCCUCUUGGGCGAAGGCAUCUUGACCAAAGAAUGCCGCAAAAAAGCCAAGCCACGGAUCUUCUUCCUUUUCAACGACCUCCUCGUCUACGGAACCAUUGUGAUCAACAAAAGGAAGUACAGUUCUCAGCACAUCAUACCCCUGAAUGAAGUCACCUUGGAAACCUUACCGGAUACUCUGCAAAUGAAGAACCGGUGGAUGAUUAAAACCUCCAAGAAGUCCUUUGUCGUGUCUGCCGCCUCCCUCACCGAGAGGAAAGAGUGGCUCAACCACCUGGAGGAAUGCAUUCGGCACUUGCUGUCCAAAACAGGGCAGCAGCCCCCGACAGAACAUGCCGCCCCUUGGAUCCCCGAUAAGGCCACUGAUAUCUGCAUGCGCUGCACGCACACCAAAUUCUCCACGCUCACGCGCAGGCACCACUGUCGAAAAUGUGGCUUUGUGGUAUGUGGAGAGUGUUCCCGUCAGAGGUUCCUCAUGCCCCGGCUUUCUCCCAAGCCGUUGAGAGUUUGUAACCUUUGCUAUAAACAGCUGGUGGCUGAGAAAAACAAAGCCGAAGAGCACCUCAGCCAGGCAAAGCCAGCUGACUCUUCUCUAGUUGGCUACGACCCGUCAAGCGGGGAUGACAGUGAUAGAUCGGACGAGGAUAAACUGGAUCAGUGGCCGACUGAUACUGAGUUUUACACAACAGAGGUGCCAUGGUCAUCUUUUCAUAGGUGACCUCUUUCCAGCCUAGUCAAUUGUAGGAUCCGCGUUGUUGCUUCUGAGGAGCACAGAUUGUACUCUUAAGGCGGAGAGUUUGUCGGAGAGUUUGUUGACCGUGUUCCUCAAUUUCUUAUUCUGUGAAUAAGGAAGAAGAUGCGAGCACGUCCAUUGGAUGUGUCAUGGGCCAUUGUGUCUUCUAAGUGUGCACCAUUUUUAUUUAAGUUGGAAGUGGAGUUAAACUGGACGCUUAUAGCAAAUCCAGGCAUGAAAAGAUUGGUUCCUAAAAAUGUUGGUCCCAUAAGUUCAUGUUGGAGCGAAGCCUUGUUCUCACUUCCUAAAGUUGUGAUGUUGUAUUAUGGGAUGGAGGUGGGAGGGCAGGGGAAAAGGUCCUUUGGGACACCAAACGUGGUAUAUACUGGAGACAUUUGCCUUAGAACCACAGGGCAAAUUCCUGAUCCAGCAGUUUUCUGUGAAACCUAUAUGAAGGUCCAGGAAUCUGAGAUGAUAGCCCACCUGGUGGACAAAAACUAUGCAGUCCAAAGAGGUGGGGACAGAAGCUGCAUUGGAAGCAGUGGAACGGUUGCACCAGCGCUAGUACCACCAGUAUCAUGCAAAGUGGCAUGGAUGCCGAUGGAGAAGUACUUACCUCAGUAGCUGGCCACUGCAGUGCCCAAACCCAGAAGUUCAUCCCUGUAGCAGUGAGCCUCCACCAUAACAGCCUCCAUCAGCGUGGAGGGGUGCAUUCCCAGGGAAAGGACUUUCAGCCAGGAAAUCCGCCCCCCAUGCCGGCAGCCAACUUAAGCCACCAAAUAGUGUGAUGUAAAUCAGUGUUCCCAAUGGGAUUUUUCAAGCGGGCAUGUUUUUUUUUUAAUCCCCUUCCCAUGCUGCCUAAAACUCCGUUCCUCACUGCUGCUCUACCAUACACAAACCCCCUUGGAAUGGGUUGUAAUGUGAGCACUUGAUCAUUACUGUUCCCCAAGGGUGAAACCUUUUGUGUUAGGCUUGGCCUUCCGCUCAAGAGCCUUAUUUUUUAUUGUGAUACUGAAAGGAAGAGAUUGUAGGAGGAGGACGUUGCAUUGACCCGGGCGCAUUUCAGAUAUCCGGAAGAGUUUACUGAGCAAGGAAGGAAACACAGCUUACUGGGACAUGCCUCUGAAGAUGCCAGCCACGCAUGCGGGUGAAACAUUAGGAGCAAAAACUACCAGACCACAGCCACACAGCCAAAAAACCCACCACAGUACCCUUGUCCCCGGGCGCCACUCUUCUGGUCACAUGGGGGGUGCAAAAUUGGCCCCCCACAUGACCAGGAAGUCCUGCUGCCUUGUCAUUUUCGCAUGCCUCAACCUAUACGUGUCAGUCGAGGCACGCAAAAACAAUGAGGCAGCAGGACUUCCUGCUGCCUCCAAGCACCCUCAAUCCCCCUGGACUCCCCCCUCCCUUCCUUCCUCC